AUGGGCGGAUACUCGCCUUAUCCACGNCGCUGUGGUGAACAAUUUCCCCAUGCGGAGCGGCUACGUGCAGAUUCUUCGAGCGAAGCAUUUUCUUUUGACGAGAACCAUGCAUCAAGAACCGAUUUCGCUCGUUCCGAAACAACUCUCGGGCAGGCCCCGAACUAUCCACAAACACCUAUCGGCCAAGCUGUUUCCUUCGACUUCGACCUCAACAAUGUCUCAAUCAACACAAGCAAGGUGCCCACUCUGCAUGGCUGCGCUUCAGAUGAAGCCAUAACACCCAUCAAUCGCGAACCUCGUGUCGAGAAGAGUGACCUCACAGCACUUCCGCCCGUACCAGAGGCACCUACGAAGGCCAAGCUGAAUGCUCGCGAGCUUCUGUUCAUCAUCAAUGUCUGCAUGGCUCAAUUUCUCACUCUCGGCGGGCUUGGCCAGUCCGUGGCACCGCUUUUCAUCAUUGGCAAAGACUUAGGAGUUGCCCCAACGGAUCUUGGAACGAUGAGCUGGUACACCGCAGCGUUCAGUUUGACAGUUGGCGCAUUCAUAUUGCCUGCCGGUCGUCUAGGAGAUAUGUACGGGCACAAACGCAUGUUUAUCGUCGGCUGGAUAUGGUAUGCUGUCUUUUCGAUCAUUGUAGGCUUCAGCUAUGCAGCCAAAUCGAAUGGCUCCGUGAUGCUCAGCGUCACCCGUGGCUUCCAGGGGAUUGGACCCGCCAUCCUGGUGCCCAAUGCCAUGGCGCUCGUCGGUACCACUUUCCCCGUUGGCUUGAAGCGCAACAUGGUGUUCUCGGCAUUCGGCGCAUGCGGUCCCACUGGUUUCGUAUUUGGUGCCAUCUUCUCUGCUCUACUAUCACAGUUCGCAUGGUGGCCCUGGGCGUUCUGGGUGCUCGCUAUACUCUGCGUCGGCAUGGCAGUACUAUCGUUCAUGGUCAUACCUUGUCCGCUUCCGCGAGAGGGCAACACCUCCACUUUUGAUUUUGCAGGCGCCUGCACCGGCGUAUCUGGGCUUGUUCUCUUCAACUUCGCCCUCAACCAGGCACCUGUGGUAGGCUGGAACAAGGCUUACAUUCCCUUCACUCUAGGAAUGGGGGUAAUGCUACUCAUUGCAUUUGUCUACCUCGAGAUGAAUCACGCACAGCAAGCCUUGGUGCCCGUCCGAGGUCUCAGCAAAGAAGCUGUACUAGCACUAUCAUGCAUCGCUGCCGGCUGGAGCAGCCACGGCAUCUGGCUCUUCUACCUCUUUCAGUUUGUGCAGCGCCACAGGGGAUCCAGCGCCAUUGCCGCCGCAGCACAAAUAUCUCCGGUGGCCAUCACGGGAGUCGGCUUUGCCAUGUCCGCGGGUUGGCUGGCCCGAAAGUUCAAGACAUCAUAUAUCAUGCUGUGCGCCAUGCUCGGUUUCUUCAUCGGCACCUUGUUCCUUGCUUUUGUGCCCGUGGGCCAAACGUACUGGGUCCUCACCUUUUGGAGUGUGCUCAUCAUGCCCAUCGGCAUGAAUUGGAGUUUUCCUUCCGGCACUAUUUUGCUCAGUAAUGCCAUGGCCAAGGAGCACCAGGGCAUUUCUGCUAGCUUGGUGUCCACUGUGGUGAACUACAGCAUCAGCAUCGGCUUGGGCAUUGCAGGUACCGUUGAGAGAUAUGUGAGCCAGAAUCACGGUUCUCUAUGGGGGAUCCGAGGCGCGUGGUGUUUGGCACUCGGUCUCGAUGCCAUCGGUGUGGGCAUUGCUGUAUAUUUUGUCGUGAUAUCACGACGGCAGCCAGCGUCAUAG